AUGAAGUCAUCAGCGAGAAAGCGCGUGCGUGAGGAGGCAGGCACAAGCCCCAAGGUACGGCCCCCACGUGGGCCACACGACGUUUUUUUCAAGUGGCUGCUCGGCAUAACGCAGCGCGAUUUCUUUAAGCAAUACUUUGAACAGAAGCCACUGCACGUCUCGCACGGCACGGCGGCUCACUUCACGAACCCGCCGGCGGGGCUGCCAGCCGUCGAGUGGUCGACAGGCAUGAUGCUGCGGCUCGUGGCGGAGAAGACGUUGUCGUACACCGCGGAUGUUAAUGUGGUUCGCUUCGACAAGGCGCAGAACAAGCGUGUGCCGUACUGCGUGGAAGGCGUUGUGACGGCGAAGGAGAUGCGCAAGUGCAUGGAGCCCCAUGGAUGGUCCGUGCGGUUCCUGCGCCCACACGAGCACGUCGCAACAAACUCUGCCCUCAUUUCGGUGAUGGAAGAAAUAUUCGGAUGCUACUGCGGUCUGAACAGCUACUGGACAGCGGCAGGCAGCCAGGGAUUUGCUCCACACUACGACGACGUGGACGUCUUCCUGCUGCAACUCGAAGGGGAGAAGGAGUGGCGCCUCUACGACCCACCGGAGGCGGUGGACGUGCUGAGCCGCCACUCGAGUGAGGAUUAUGUACCACAGCAGCUGCCGCAGCCGACUCAGACACUCUGCCUUGUGCCAGGCGACGUGCUCUACAUGCCGCGCGGCACGGUCCACCAGGGGCGUACCUUCGACCAUACCCACUCCCUUCACGUGACGUUCUCCGCAAACCAGAUGAACACCUGGGCGGAUCUUAUCAAGUGCGCCGUGACACACGCAGCUGAGAAGCUGGCGGCGAACCAUGUCGCCUGGCGCACGUCGCUGCCGAGGUGUCUCCUCAAGACGUUGGGCGCCGUGCACCACCCAGUGUUCCGCGCUGACAGUGGCGUUGCGCCCCUGACGGAGAAGCAGCAGAGGCAGAGGCGCAUACUGCAGACCAAGUACCGUGAACUGGCCGCAGAGCUGUCCCUUUACGUGUCAAGCGAGGCGUCCAUCGACGAGUGCUGCGAUUUGUACGCGCGCGACACGGUGGCGAAGCUGCAGCCGCCCCUGCGAGUUUCCACUGCCGCACACGCGGAAGGACGAAUCACUGGCGACACAGUCGUGCGGCUUGUUUCUUCUAACUGUGCACGUGUGGUGCUUGAUACGGCAGGUGAGGCGCAGGUGUACCACAGCUGCGGCAACUCGCCUGUGUGCCUUGAGCAGCCCGUUGGACUUCUGCGCUUCGAGUUGGACUUUGCGCCCGCACUCGCCACCAUCAUGUCGGCGUCUGCGCGUGGUGUGUGCGCGUCGCAGCUUCCGUUUCCUGCCUUCGACAAUGCCGACGACAUUCAGGCAAACCAAGUAACGCUGGUGAAGGCCCUCCUCGACGCGGGCAUUAUUGUAACGGUUUAA